AUGACAGACGAUUCUGGGCUCGAUCAGCGUCGAUGGUGGGCAGGCUACUACUUCCUCAACCCCACGGCUGUUGCAGUAUAUCCACCUAAGAACUCCGAUGGCAGCGCCUGGCAUCUACCUGUCAAGGAGAUGCUACCUCGCCAUGACCAGGGCCGCGUGCACAUUCCCCUAGAUAUCGGUGCUCUAGGCGAUCCCGAGCCGAUUGAGCCGAUUCUCGAUCUGAAUUUGGGCACCCACCAGUUCAUCAGUCCCCGUGGGCGUACACAAUUCCCCUACUCUGGCAAUAACAUCGUCUCAUUUCUCAAUCUGACUGUCAACAAGCGCAAAGACCUCGCAUGCCCUUCCUGUUACCUGGAACGCCAGAAUCAAGGUGUGGCGCCUUGUUCCUGCACCCUACGGAAGCGCUUCCUAGACCGAUGGUUGUGUAUGCACUGCUACAUCGAGGAGGUAAACGUUGAUGACAAGCUACGCUGCCAUGUUGUAAAAGCAAGCGAGGUCGGACAAGGCCACAUCCAUGUGUGUAGCUGCGGAACGGAGUUCACACCAGACAUCAUGCCAAAAGUCAUGUGCAACUGGUGCAAAGGCGAGAUCACAGAGCUCGAGCAGGGCACCGAGGAUGAUGCCACCAGUGAGAACGCCGAAUAUAACAGCGAAGAAGAAGAAGAGGAACUCGAGAACGGAGAUGACGAGGAGGACCAUUCGGCGGCUGACUUUGCGGGUCUACCUCUAGACGAGUUUGGCUACGCUGAGAACCGCGACGGGUCUCUUUCGGUGUACGUGAACGGCGAGUGCAUCCGCGGAGAACGUUUGGGACGAGCUAUGAUCCGCCAGUGGAAGAGAAUCCAGGGUGAGCACGUUGAAUGUACUUGCUGUAUCUGCGACGAGAAGGACUCUAUGCAUGCUCACGCGGGGGUCGUUUCAGAGGACGAGGACGAGGACGAAGGCGAGGACGAAGAUGGCGACGAUGACGAUGACGAUGAUCUACCAGAUCUGGAAGACGUCGAGUCAGCUGCUGGCUUCGAAGAUCCAUGGGGACUGGACUAA